AUGAGGAGCAAAAAAAUCAAGCAGCUGGAUUGCAGCGGAAAAACUCCGCGUUGGAGGUGGAGCUGGUUGAAGGCCACCAGAAGGCGCAACAGUUGGCGGAGGAAAACAAGGAGCUCUUCAAAACGGUACAGCAGCUGCGCAGGCAGCUGCAACGUUUGGAAGGCCUGA